GUACACAGCCAAAUAUCGAUUUAGUUUGAUAGAGGAAAAACGACCCCCGCGUCCAACACACCAGCCCCAAGGCAGAGGGAGAGAAAUAGUAGUAGUAACGACAGUCCUUCAAACAUUACGCAGCCGAAAAGAAAAAAACUCCAAGGUUCUGCUGCAUUCAUAUUAAAACGACAAAAAGUGUGAAGAGAAGUGUCAAGCGCUGUGUGCUGCGUGAGAAGAGACGAGAUACCUCAGAACGAAACGUGCAGCGCAAACGAAACGAGUGAAAGUGCAAAAAACAGAAAAAAGAAAAGAAUUGAAAAUCUAUACGACUGGCGUUUUGUCACAAUUUCUUCCAGUAUUAUAUCCACAGCCUCAAUCUCAAUCAGUGUCAGCCACAAGCAGCAAGCAGCGGGAGCAGCAGCGUCAGAAUAAACUUAUCCACCCCCAACAUCGACGAAGACGACGUCAACGUCAAGUGCACGCCGCCAACCGCGUCGUUGACAUCAAACCACAGCGAGUAAAACUAGCAGCGCACCAACAGAGGCAGCGCAGCAGCAGAGACAGCUCGAACAGCAGCAGCAACAACAACAAGGCUUCGCCAUGGCUUUCGCCGGACUGAAGAAACAAAUCAACAAAGCGAAUCAGUAUGUGACGGAGAAAAUGGGCGGUGCGGAGGGCACCAAGCUGGAUUUGGAUUUCAUGGACAUGGAACGUAAGACGGAUGUCACCGUUGAGCUCGUCGAGGAGCUGCAAUUGAAGACGAAGGAGUUCCUGCAGCCAAAUCCAACGGCCAGGGCCAAGAUGGCAGCAGUCAAGGGCAUCUCGAAGCUGUCGGGACAGGCGAAAUCGAAUACGUAUCCACAGCCGGAGGGACUGUUGGCCGAAUGUAUGUUGACGUAUGGUAAGAAGCUCGGCGAGGACAACAGCGUGUUUGCGCAGGCGCUCGUCGAGUUUGGCGAAGCGCUGAAACAAAUGGCCGACGUCAAGUAUUCGCUGGACGACAACAUCAAGCAGAACUUUUUGGAGCCGCUGCAUCAUAUGCAGACCAAAGACCUGAAGGAGGUCAUGCAUCAUCGCAAGAAGCUGCAGGGCCGGCGUCUCGACUUUGAUUGCAAGCGUCGCCGGCAGGCCAAAGAUGAUGAAAUUCGUGGUGCUGAGGAUAAGUUUGCCGAAUCACUGCAAUUGGCACAGGUAGGCAUGUUCAAUCUGUUGGAGAACGACACUGAGCAUGUCUCGCAAUUGGUCACUUUUGCUGAAGCACUAUACGAUUUUCACUCUCAAUGCGCCGAUGUGCUACGUGGUCUGCAGGAGACGCUGCAAGAGAAGCGCGCCGAGGCAGAGAGCCGGCCACGCAAUGAGUUUGUGCCCAAGACGCUGCUCGAUCUGAACUUGGACGGCGGUGGCGGCGGCCUCAAUGAUGACGGCACGCCGUCCCACAUUAGCUCGAGCGCCUCGCCGUUGCCCUCGCCGAUGCGCUCGCCAGCCAAAUCGAUGGCCGUCACACCGCAGCGCCAGCAACAGCCAUGCUGUCAAGCAUUGUACGACUUUGAGCCCGAGAAUCCCGGUGAAUUGGGCUUCAAAGAGAACGACAUCAUCACGCUACUCAAUCGUGUCGAUGACAAUUGGUAUGAGGGUGCUGUCAAUGGACGCACCGGCUAUUUCCCGCAGUCCUAUGUGCAGGUGCAGGUUCCACUGCCCAACUAAACUAAACAGAAACUGAAACUGAAACUAAACGACAGUAAACAGUAAAGAUGCCAUGCAGUAGAUGGAUUUAGAAUUAAAAACUGAAUGUUUUUUUUGGUUUCGUCGUCCAGCAGUCGGCGACCAAGUUUGGCAGUAAAACAAAACAAAGCAAAACAAAAAGAAAGAGAGAAAAAUGAGCAAAACAGCAGCAGCAGCACAUGCAUUGCAUACAAUAUUAUGUAGUAGUUGAUUAUAAUGCGGUUAGAAGUUACGGUUACGGCUUAGCUAGCUACAGCACACAGCACACAUUCAUUCGUGGCCAUAAACAGCAAUCAUGCAACAUUUGCAACAAGCGAAAACUAACAUACAAAUAUUACAAAAAUAAACAAAAGCAAGCGAUAAGCGUUAAGUAACAAAACAAAAAAAAUAUAUAAAGUUUAAAGCGAAAUUUUACCAGUUGGCAACACAAUAACUAACAAAUUAAUUCAAUUACAAUUAAAUUAAAGCAUGUAAUUAUGUACUACUACUACUACAAACAAACAAACAAAAACUAAACUAAAUUUACGAAAAUUGUUCAAAUAAGCCGAUUAGAAGUUUUGCCAUAUACGUUGUCUGCAAUUCGAUUUCUAUUUUUCAAUUCGAUUUUUUAAUGCUAAAUCAACUCAAGAGUGGAAAACGUUUCGAUAUUCAGCUAUUUAACAAACAACAUUUUUUGGCAGAAUGUCAACUCAAUAUAUUAAUUAGCUAGAUAUACACAAAACAUACAUAAUACAUGCAUAUAUAUAUGUUGCGAUUUUUCUGCUUUCUCACAUCUUAUUGAUUGUUGUAAUUUUCUAGUUAAUUUCCAUUGCGCUCUCUAUGCAAAUACGCUAUCUACCUACCAAAAAGCAAAGCAUCAUAUACCCUCUAGUAUAUACCUACUACCUAUACCUAUACCUAUUAUAUUUAUUGUAAAACUAUCCGAAAACAACUGAUAUUUGUGCAAAAACAAUACUCCUUACACUCUAUUCCCUUUAAAAAUCCUUUGAAAAGAAAGAAUAUUGAAAAAGGCAUUCGAAACAUUGAAAAAAUUAUACAAAAAAUAAUACUGUCUUAAUGUUUGUUGUAAAAUUUAAAAACUAAUUCAAAUUCAAGGAUGAACAGAACAAAAUUUGUAUCCUACUUUUUUGCUCCUUUUUAUGUGUGUUGUUUUUUUGUUAUUUAUAUACAUAACUAUUAUAUGAAUCAAAUAUAUAUACACAAUAUAUAUAUAUACAUAUAUAUAUAUAUAUAUAUAAUAUAGAUAUAUUUAUUAAGCAUAUUAUCUACAUGUAUAUUUAUUAUUAUGUAUUUAUUAUAACAUAUACCGAGCAGCAAAUAAUAAUAUAAAUAAUAAUAAUAAUAUUACAAGCAAAGUAAUGAACAACGUAACGGAAUCCUCCUAAGCAAAACCAGAAUAUAACUAGUUAAAAUUUGAAAAUACAAAGUAAUUAUGAAACAAUUACUGAUAUUAAACACAACGUUGAUAAUAACUAUGUAUAAAAAGCAAAACAAAACCAGUCAAGUCAAGUCGAAGCGAAGCAAAGAAAUUACUAACCAAAAGCAAAUAAGUUUACUAGAGAAAUACACCUACUAUAUGUAUGUAUGUAAACGUAACUGAUCUCUGCAUCAAUAAAAUGAAGAAGCAGCAGCAGAGUCAGAUAUGGGAGACUCAAACUAGCUCCAUUAACAGGCAAACAACAAAUACGAGUAGUAUAAUAUAGUACAUGUGGGGAAGAAUGUAUGUGUGUACUAGUUUAUGUAUACAAAUAAGAACAAGAGUAUACACAAUUAUAUAUUUACUGAUUGAUAAUAAAUUAGUUAAUGAGCAACAAAGUUGAAAUUUACGAGCGCUAAAAAAUGAAACAUAAAAAAAGCAACAUUCGCCGCGACACUUGCCAAACAUUUCCAGAGAGCGAAAAGAAAGAAAGAUAGAUAAUUUUUGGUCUCGUAGCCGAAGAGGCAUUAAUGAUGAUGAUGACGAUGAUGUCGCGAAAAAAAGAGUAAAACAAUAAUAAUUGUAAUUAUGCAUUUGUGUGGUGGAUAUAAAGUAAAGUUUAAUUAUAUAUACAUACAAGUACAUACCCUACAUACUUACAACAAAUACCAACAAAUUAUAUAAGAAUAAUGCUAAAGAAUUCUAACAAAACAUAAAACUGAUGCCCUAAUUUAUGCAAAAACAAAAACCACAAAAAAAACCAAAUUGAAUACAUUUAAUUUUCAAUGUGUCUUUCGUUCAAAAUCAUAAAAAAAGGAAAAACCCAA